CGAAUCUAUCAAAACUCAAUUUCUCUGACACACACAAAAACACACACUAAUCCAAAACAACUGAUCACUCAAUGGAACAACAGAAUUCCUACAAUCGCGGCGGUUAUCGGGGUUCAAAUCCCCGUGGUGGCUACCGCGGCGGCGGCGGUGGUCGUGACGGUGGUCGCGGCGGUGGUCGUGACGGUGGUCGCGGCGGUGGACGUGACGGUGGUCGCGGCGGUUAUGGUCAACGUGGUGGCCGAAGCCAGUCACAAUACAACGCUUACAAUCAACAAGCACAGCAGCAAGCGCCACAGGAUUAUUAUGGUGGAGGCCGAGGCAGAGGAUCAUCACGUGGCGGUUAUCAGAAUUAUAAUAAUAAUAAUCGGAAUUCGGGUUAUGUUAAUACUAGGCAGAAUGUGGUGGAUCAUCGGGCGCCGGAUCGGUCUGUUGGAUCCGGUCAGUCUACAGUUGACUAUCGGUCUCCACCAACUGUUUCUCAGAUCAUCAAUCCUGUAGCUGAUCUUCAGAUUCAGGAAGUUUCAAACGAACAUGCUAAUGUACCAAUUAAGCGUCCGGACAAUGGGGGCACAGCUGCAAUGCACAAAGUGAAGCUUCUUGUUAACCACUUCCCAGUCAAGUUUGAUCCAUCAAUGUGUAUAUUACGCUAUGAUGUAGAUGUCAAACACGAGGCUAAACAAGAGGCGUCGUCAUCUUCUUCCCGACCCCUAAAAAAGUCGAUUCCAAAAUCUGAUCUGCGUUUGAUUCAACAGGAGCUAUGUUCUUUAUAUCCUGAUAAAUUUCCUAAACUUAAGACUGCAUAUGAUGGAGAAAAGAACAUUUACAGUGCAAUCUCGUUGAAACCAGGAACCUACACUGUUGAGUUAUUUGGCCGGUCUUAUUCAUGCACCAUCAAGUAUGGUAACGAAUUGAACCUUUCAAAGCUCCAGGAAUUUUUGAAAGGAAAUGCUAUGCAAGUCCCACGUGAUGUGUUGCAGGCGCUCGAUGUAGUAAUGAAGGCAAAUCUUUUCCGGGAGAAGGUUUCGGUUGGGAGAGGCAUGUACCCACGUGAGUACCAAAGGGGAGACGACCUACGUUGUGGUGUUGCUGCAUAUAGAGGCUCACAACAGAGUUUAAAGGUUACUUCAAAUGGGCUGGUAAUGUGUUCAGACUACUCUGCCAUACCUUUUCGUAAGAGGAUGCCCGUUAUUGAUUUUCUUAAGGAGUACGUUUGGGAGAUUAAUGAUAUUAGUGACAUUACAAAGUUUGGGAGCAAAAUUGUGUAUGCGUUGAGGGGACUAAGGGUGAGUGUGACUCAUCGUCGUACAAACCAGAAGUACAUUGUGUCUGGGCUGACUGAAAAACUUACAAGGGAUAUUUCUUUUGAGCUAGAAGAUCUUGAAGGGAAAGAAUCUAAAGUGGUCAAGCUUACUGAUUAUUUUCGUGACAAAUGGGGUAAGGAGAUACAGUACAAGGGUAUCCCUUGUUUGACAUUGGGACAUAGUAAAAAGCCAAACUAUGUUCCAAUGGAGUUUUGUUUCUUGGCUGAAGAUAGAAGAUUUCCAAAGGAGCAAUUGGGCAGGGACGCUGCCAGGCAACUAAAAGAUUUGUGUCUCCUCGCUCCUGAUAUCCGCAGAAGCGAGAUUUGCAGAAUGGUUGGUGAAGAGUAUGAUGUUGGCCGUCCCGGUGCGGCAGUGAUCGAGAAUUUUCAACUCGGAGUUGGAAUGAACAUGACAGAGGUCGAUGGUCGAGUAUUGGAAGCUCCUCGACUAAAGCUGGGCAGUUCGAGUGGUAAAGUCAACAGCAUAACGGUGGACAAACAAAAAUGUCACUAUAAUCUUCUUCAAGGGAAAACUUUAGUGAUGGGCAAAGCACUUCAGAGAUGGGCACUGAUAGAUUUUACUACUGGUGAUCGUCGUUAUCAGCUAAAUCGUGAAUUGUUCAUUCCAAAAUUGAUGAACCGAUGCAAAAGUAUAGGGGUACAAAUGGAUAAACCUCUUUGGGUGGAGGAGGCCCACAUGAAGAUUUUCUCCAAUAAGUAUGGACUCCCUGAUGUUCUUAAUCGGGUUGUCGAUAUUUGUGAAAAAGCUAAGGGUCGACCUCAAAUGAUUGUCUGUGUGAUGUCUGAGAAACAUGAAGGCUACAAGUAUCUUAAAUGGGUUUCUGAGACCAAAAUUGGUGUGUUGACUCAGUGUUGUUUGUCACAAAAUGCCAACAAAUCGAAUGAUCAGUUUCUUGCCAAUUUAGGUAUGAAGAUCAAUGCCAAGUUAGGGGGUAGCAACGUGGAACUCAUUGAGCGAUUCCCUUGUUUUAGUGAUAAAGAUCGUUAUAUGUUCAUUGGAGCUGAUGUCAAUCAUCCGGCUCCAUCAAACACGUCAGCCCCGUCCAUUGCAGCCAUUGUAGGUUCAGUGAACUGGCCUGCCGCAACUCGUUAUGCUGCUCGCAUGUCCCGACAAACCCACCGGAAGGAAGAGAUUGAGCAAUUUGGGAGCGUGUGUUUGGACCUCAUCAAUGCUUAUGCUGAGGUUAAUGGGGUGAAACCAAACAAGAUUGUGGUGUUUCGUGAUGGUGUAAGUGAUGGGCAGUUUGAUAUGGUUCUCAACAAAGAGAUGGUUGCUAUGAAGAAAGCUAUCUAUACUCAAAGUUACCGUCCAUUUGUCACUUUUGUUGUGGCUCAAAAACGGCACACAACACGUUUGUUUCCAAAUAAUGGUAAAGACUUCGGUAAUGUGUCUCCGGGAACAGUGGUCGAUACAAUGAUUGUUCAUCCGGUUGAAUUUGACUUUUACCUUUGUAGCCAUUUUGGAGGUAUUGGAACGAGUAAGCCGACACACUACACUGCAAUAUGGGAUGAGAUUGGGUUUACAUCAGAUAAGAUGCAGAAGCUGGUUUAUCACUUGUGCUAUAUCUUUGCUCGCUGCACAAAACCUGUAUCUCUAGUUCCACCAGUGUACUAUGCUGAUCUUGUGGCAUAUAGGGGUCGGAUGUUUCAAGAGGCGGAAAUUGAAAUGCAGGUCCCAUUUAAUCAGUACUUUGAGAAGCUUGAGGAUAGCCUGAAGGAUACAAUGUUUUUCAUUUGAGGCUGAUAGCUUUGAGAUGGUGUCGAAGUGCCUAUACGCAGGUCAAACAUCCUUUUCUAGAGAAGGAGUUUGUGCGUGAAUCUAAUGCAUUUCGUUCUUUUCAGUAUUCCUUUUUCAAGUAAUAUUAAGUAUGUGUGGAGUCGUUCUGGAGUCAGUGGGUCAGUGUGUCGAAUAAACAAAGUUAUGUUGUUUUCUGUGCUUGUGUUCCACCCUUCACGUUCCAUUUCGGUUUAUACGAUGAAGGGCAGUUUACGUUUUAAGACGUGUAAGACUAUUGAAGUUGCUACUAUAUUUUAUUACCUCUGAA